UUUUUAUUUUAUUUUUUUAUUCUUUAUCAUUUUUUUUUUCUUACAUCUGCCCUGCAGCCCAGGGAAGCAGCUGCACAAUCUCCGCCGCCUCCAUCGAGACUAGGUUAUUGAACUACUGCACUACACCACAGCAUUAUUGGCACGUUGCGACUGUACUUGUUGCAGCCAGGAACCAAACGAAGGCACCAAACUUUUUUUUUUAAAUUAUUUUUCUAUCUUUUUUCCAUUUGCUCCUUUUUAUUCGUACUUGUGUUUGGGAAUUUUGCAAACUCUCCAUUGAGUGCAGGUCCCUGAGCCCAAGUCGACAACACUUCAGUGCACCGUCGCACCUUACCCGCAAUUCAACAGUCCAAGUCUCCCCGCUAGACAAACCCCGCCCCGCGGCUUCCCUGAACCAGAGCAGGCGGCAUCAUCGCCAGCUCCUUUCAGCGCUGCCAUGUCUCGCGCCAACGCCCCGAGCAACUCUUCGGGGUCUCGCAAGAUCUCUUUCAACGUAAGCGAGCAAUAUGACAUCCAGGAUGUCGUCGGCGAGGGCGCUUACGGCGUCGUUUGCUCUGCGAUCCAUAAGCCUUCCGGCCAAAAGGUUGCCAUAAAGAAGAUCACCCCGUUUGAUCACUCUAUGUUCUGCCUACGAACCCUCCGCGAGAUGAAGCUGCUUCGGUACUUCAACCACGAGAACAUCAUUUCCAUCCUCGACAUCCAGAAGCCCCGGAGCUACGAGACCUUCAACGAGGUGUACCUGAUCCAGGAGCUCAUGGAGACUGACAUGCACCGUGUCAUCCGCACCCAAGACCUGUCCGACGAUCACUGCCAGUACUUCAUCUACCAAACUCUGCGUGCUCUCAAGGCAAUGCACUCUGCCAACGUGCUUCACCGUGACCUCAAGCCCUCGAAUCUCCUUCUCAACGCCAACUGUGAUCUGAAGGUUUGCGAUUUUGGUCUGGCUCGUUCUGCCGCCUCGCAGGAGGACAACUCGGGCUUCAUGACAGAAUACGUCGCUACGCGUUGGUACCGUGCUCCUGAGAUCAUGUUGACCUUUAAGGAGUACACCAAGGCCAUCGACGUCUGGUCUGUUGGCUGCAUUCUUGCCGAGAUGCUUAGUGGAAAGCCUUUGUUCCCUGGAAAGGAUUACCACCACCAGCUCACGUUGAUCCUCGACGUUCUCGGCACACCGACCAUGGAGGACUACUAUGGUAUCAAGUCUCGCCGCGCAAGGGAGUACAUUCGCUCGCUGCCAUUCAAGAAGAAGGUUCCUUUCAGGACACUCUUCCCCAAGACUUCGGAUCUCGCCUUGGACCUGUUGGAGAAGCUGCUUGCCUUUAACCCCGUCAAGCGCAUCACCGUCGAGGAAGCCUUGAAGCACCCUUACCUUGAGCCGUACCAUGACCCCGAUGAUGAACCCACCGCGCCGCCGAUUCCCGAGGAGUUCUUUGAUUUCGACAAGCACAAGGAUAACUUGAGCAAAGAACAGCUCAAGCAGUUCAUCUACCAGGAAAUUAUGCGGUAAUCCAGCGAGCGGUCCAUGGUCAUUGGCUUGCUUACCAGAGGCAGCCCACGGACAUCAGGCGUCGAGAGAUGGAACCUAGACGUCUCGCAGAGGUGGCUGCAGCAGAGGCGUUCACGUGCGGUAGCAGGGGUGAAAGAGGACAGACCCCACGGAAUGUUCAAGACGGCAUAUCAGGACGUGCAUGGGUUUAUCAGGGAGAUCGGUCUGCUGUAAGAUGCCAGGGCCCGCAACAGAUCAUUCCUUGAUUUUUUUCUAUAUCCACUAUCAACCACAUUUAACACCACAUUUUACAUUUUCCACCUCAUCCCUCACAAUACCACAUAUCUCUGUCUUGACACCGACAAUCCUCGAUUCAAAUCUUGUGUAUCCUCAAGUUUACGUGGAGGUCACUGUGGCAAUCAAGUACAAACUUGGAGCCACAGGCUUGUUUACUUGUAGGGAGGUGGGAUCUGUGCAUUCGUGGAUUGGUUGUGUCGAGCGAAGUUUUCAAGACAAAGGGAAUAAUUGUAUAUGGGCAAUUUCUGAGUUUAUUUUGCGGUGAUUUAUCAGCUCUGCCAGUCUCGCAGGCGCUCCUAGUCGAGGCAUAAAGAGAUUUAGAGUGAGGGGGGGACACGAGUGGUAAAAUGAAUACACCGAUGCCAUCAGAUCCCGAACCGACGACGUAGUCUGCGCUGAUAGUCGCUACAAUUUGCCAGGAUGAACAUUUCCGGAAG